AUUCGCGUUCCGUAAUCGUGAGGCAUUAGAAUAUGCUGUGCAAGGAUUUACUGAAUUUAUUCUAGAUUGUUUGCGUGUCAAAGAAACUUCAUCUUCAGAGCUCUGGUGUAAACGACUACAUCCAACUAUGAAGUCCUCAAUUAUUUUGUCGUUUUCGUUGCAGCUGUUGUCAGUGGCUGUCGUUGUGUUUACCGACGCACAGAAUUUGGAUAGUAUCGAGGUGGAAACGCGUGAUAAUCCUAGCGCUUACUUACGGGAAAAACGCCAACUGUUUCACACAGGGCCGCAAGUUGUAGUUCCACAAGUAAUAGCCCCGUCAGUUGCCGCACCAAUCGAUAUCCUAUCACCAUCUUCCGGAUGCUUCUGGAGUGGGACGUCGCCAUUCUGUUUGCCAGCUUGUGGCAACAAGUUCCAAGAAAUGCUGACUGACAUCAGAGGAAACGGGAAAAGGUGCUGGACCGGCUUCAAGAAACUCUGCUGUCCCAUACCCCCCGGUAUGAUUAAGAUCAAGGGAUAGAUUGGUUCGUGCGAAACAAACGAAAACGCCCAAUGUCAACGUUUUGCCUUCAUCCUUGCUUAUGACACUAUACUGUCUAAUUUACGUCUCCCUGAUUAUUGAUUCCGAUUACUUCUUUCUUCAAUAACUGCCCACUAUCUUGUUCAGUUCUGUGCAUUUCUUCAUUAGUCCCAGGGAAAAGAAUCGGUCUAACAAAUUUUUCAAAGCAUUUUCUUUGGAAUACAAUAAUUACUCGCA